AUGUAUUCUCCUGUUCACUUAAUUUUUAUUCUUGCAAGCCUGGUCUUCGCGAUCUGGCCUGCUCCUCAGUCCUACACGACUGGCAAUUCUGUUUUGUGGAUAGAGCCUGGUGUCAAAGUUUCGUACAAUGGUGGCAAUGUAGGAUGUUCCAUCGUCCAGUCCGCCAUCUCUCGAAACCUGAAAACUCUAUUCACAAAAGGUCUAGUCCCAUGGAAGUUGGUGGCCCGCGAUGAACUUUCUCAAUUCGAGCCGGAUGCGAGUAGCUCAAAGAUAUUCAUCACGAAUCUUGAUAUCACUCAAACUGCCCCGGAUCAGAUGAACACCUACAAACCCUUGGCAGGUGAUGUCGACGAAUCAUACAACCUUACAAUCACCACCGACGGAAAAGCAUCAAUUUCUGCAGUGUCAUCCACUGGAGUGUUGCACGGCUUACAAUCAUUUAUUCAAUUGUUCUACAAGCAAUCUACUGGUGCUGGCAUGUACACCAACCUAGCUCCAGUCUCGAUCAUCGAUGCACCAAAAUUCUCUCAUCGAGGAUUGAACAUGGAUGUUGCCCGAAACUGGUACGAGGUAUCUGAUAUCAAGAGAACCAUCGACGCGCUUGCGAUGAACAAGUUCAAUCGCCUACAUCUUCACAUGACUGAUUCUCAAUCAUGGCCCAUGGAUAUCCCUGCCCUUCCAGAUUUGUCGAAGAAGGGUGCAUACGCUACUGGCCUCUCGUACACCCCGGGAGAUAUCAAAGACAUCCAAACUUACGCAAUCGAACGUGGUAUAGAAGUUAUCAUCGAGUUUGAUAUGCCAGGUCAUACCACCGCAAUCGGCCUUUCUUACCCAGAUCUGAUCGCUGGAAUCAAUGCCCAGCCAUGGAGUACCUACUGCGAUGAGGUGAACAGUCAAGUCUACCUCUUAGACGAGACUGUCAAGUCAAAUGACACUUCAGUCAUCGGACCCUUGAUUCAGAAGCUGGUCGACAGGAAUCACGCUCAACUCAGACAAGCAGGACUCACACCCAUCGUAUGGGAGGAGAUGCUUUUGGACUGGAACUUGACUCUUGGCUCCGACGUGCUAGUCCAGAGUUGGCUCAGUGAUGCCUCAGUUGCAUCCAUCACAGCUCUAGGCCACAAAGCCUUGGCUGGAAACUACAACUUCUGGUACCUUGACUGCGGCAAAGGCCAAUGGCUCGACUUCUCCAACGGUGCAUCAUUCCAAACCUACUACCCCUUCAACGACUACUGUUCACCCACCAAGAACUGGCGUUUAGUCUACUCCUACGACCCUCUCGGCGGUGUCCCAGCCAACCAGACCCAUCUCGUCCAAGGAGGCGAAGUGCACAUCUGGUCCGAGCAAACCGACCCCGUCAAUCUCGACGACAUGGUUUGGCCCCGUGCUUCGGCAGCUGGUGAAGUUCUCUGGUCCGGGAGACAAGAUGCAAGCGGACAGAACAGAAGUCAGAUUGAGGCUAGUCCCAGAUUGGCGGAGAUGAGAGAGCGGAUGGUUAAUACGGGUGUAAGAGUCGGUCCUGUGCAGAUGAUAUUCUGUACACAGAGUAAUGCAACGGAGUUCGGAGCUCCUAAGUUGCGACGUGGGAGAAUUUUGGAGGAAAACAUGAUCGAAGAAAUCCUAACCCACGUCAAGGGCAGGACGUUGCUUGGUGGCAUCGUAGUGGUGGGGUUGCUGUGGAAGAUCGUGCAAUGGAUUGAUACGAGUAGGAAAAUUAGAGCGUUGGGUGAGAGGGCGUAUAGAGUGAGGACUUGGCUUCCUCUCGACAUCGACCUCAUCGCCCGCGCUGUCCACGGGACCGUUACGCACAAAAACCUCGAGACGUGGCUCUAUUGGUUCACCACACCCCAAGGCCCAAACUUCACCGUCGAAGCCUGCCCUGCCGGUCGCCGCGUGAUCUUCACCGCUGAUCCGGAGAACAUAAAAGCCAUCCUCGCGACCCAAUUCACCGACUACGGCAAAGGAGAGCCCUUCCACCGCGAAUGGAAGGACUUCCUGGGCGACUCGAUCUUCGUGACCGACCUCGAGACCUGGCACAACAGUCGACAACUCAUUCGUCCGCAGUUCAUCAAGGAUCGAGUGAGCGAUCUAGAGGUCUUUGAGAGGCAUGUGCAGGUUCUGAUCAGGGAAAUUGAUGGCAAGAGUUGGGGGGAGAAGGAAGGGGGCGAGGGCAGGGAGUUAGAUGUCUCGGAUCUUUUCUUUCGGUAUACGCUGGAUGCGGCAACGGAUUUCUUGCUCGGGCGGAGUGUGAACAGUCUCGAGGUGCCGGAGCAGGAAUUUGCGGAGGCGUUUGGGGAGGUGCAGAGGGUGCAGAAUAUUAUUGCUCGAGCAGGACCACUCAACCCCCUCGUCCCCCGCAGUACUUUCAAAAAAGGCAUCCGCACGAUCAACGAAUUCGUCAACCCCUUCAUUGACGACGCGCUCCGUCUCUCGCCCGAAGAACUAGCCUCGAAAACUAAAUCGGAAGAAGGAUACACGUUCCUGCACGCCCUGGCUUCUUUUACACGUGAUCGAACCGUCCUCAGAGAUCAGCUUGUAGCCGUGCUACUUGCUGGCCGAGAUACAACGGCUAGUACGCUCAGCUGGUUAUUCUACGAACUAGCCAGACACCCGGAGGUCAUGAAGAAGUUGCGGGCUGAGAUAGAAGAGCGAAUUGGGUGGGAGAGAGCCCCGACUUAUGAGGAUUUGAAGAAUAUGAAAUAUCUACAAAACACAAUGAACGAAACCCUCCGCCUCUACCCCGUCGUCCCCUUCAACGUCCGCCUCGCCCUCAAAGACACCACCCUCCCCCGCGGCGGCGGCCCCGACGGCCUCUCUCCCGUCGGAAUCCUGAAAGAUACCCCUAUCGGCUACUCAACCCUCGUCAUGCAACGGCGUCCGGAUCUUACUCCUCACAUAACCAGCCCUUCUUCCUCCUCCCCUCUCACAGUCGAGCACUUCUCCCCCGAGCGCUGGCAAACCUGGCAACCGAAGCCCUGGAACUACAUCCCCUUCAACGGCGGCCCGAGGAUCUGCAUCGGGCAGCAGUUCGCGCUGACGGAGAUGGGGUAUACGGUUGUGAGGCUGCUGCAGCGGUAUGAGGGGUUGAGGAAUUUUAUGGGGGAGGUGGAUGGCGGGAGGCCGUGUUUGAAGGCUGAGAUUGUGUUGCAGCCUGGGGAGGGGGUUAGGGUUGGGUUUUCGAGGAGGAGGUAG